UCCAAACGCCCCCCCCUUCCCGGAUGGGGGAAAAAAGAUGUCAGCUCCUCCGCUGUAGUAUUGCUCCUUAAAAACCCCUCUCUCUGAAAAUGACAUGCCCUCGCAAUGUAACUCCGAACUCGUACGCGGAGCCCUUGGCUGCGCCGGGAGGAGGAGAGCGCUAUAACCGGAGCGCAGGAAUGUAUAUGCAAUCCGGGAGUGACUUCAACUGCGGGGUGAUGAGGGGCUGCGGGCUCGCGCCCUCGCUUUCCAAAAGGGACGAGGGCAGCAGCCCCAACCUGGCCCUCAACACCUACCCGUCCUACCUCUCGCAGCUGGACUCCUGGGGCGACCCCAAAGCCGCCUACCGCCUGGAACAACCUGUUGGCAGGCCUCUGUCCUCCUGCUCCUACCCACCUAGUGUCAAGGAGGAGAAUGUCUGCUGCAUGUACAGUGCAGAGAAGAGGACGAAAAGUGGUCCCGAGGCAGCUCUCUACUCCCACCCCCUGCCGGAGUCCUGCCUUGGGGAGCACGAGGUACCUGUACCCAGCUAUUACCGCGCCAGCCCGAGCUACUCGGCGGCGCUGGACAAAACGCCACACUGUGCUGGGGCCAACGACUUCGAAGCCCCUUUUGAGCAGCGGGCCAGUCUCAACCCGCGCGCUGAACAUCUGGAAUCACCUCAGCUUGGGGGCAAAGUGAGUUUUCCUGAGACCCCCAAGUCCGAAAGCCAGACCCCCAGUUCCAAUGAGAUCAAGACGGAGCAAAGUCUGGCGGGCCCAAAAAGCAGCCCCUCGGAGAACGAAAAGGAACGGGCCAAGAUCGCAGACUCCAGCCCAGACACCUCGGAUAACGAAGCUAAAGAGGAGAUAAAGGCAGAAAACACCACAGGAAAUUGGCUGACAGCAAAGAGCGGAAGGAAGAAGAGGUGCCCCUAUACUAAACACCAGACGCUGGAAUUGGAGAAAGAAUUUCUGUUCAAUAUGUAUUUGACGCGAGAGCGCCGCCUGGAGAUUAGCAAGACCAUUAACCUUACAGACAGACAAGUCAAAAUCUGGUUUCAAAAUCGCAGAAUGAAACUCAAGAAAAUGAACAGAGAGAAUCGGAUCCGGGAACUGACCUCCAAUUUUAAUUUCACCUGAGCCAGCGUCAUCUCCUCCCCCUCCCCAUCUUUCCUUUCCCCGCCCCUCCUCCCUUUGUGCCUGGUGGUAUUUUUUUCCCUCCCUGAGUAUAAAUGCAACGCGCCUGCAAAAAAAAAAAAAAAAAAAAAAAAAAAAAAAAAAGGCAAAGACCUCAGACUCUCCUUCCAAGGGACCUAUGGUUUGUGCUGCAAGGGUGCUUCCACUGAAAGCAUGAGAAAUGGGGUGCUGGGUUCUGGGGUUUCGUGCGUGCCCUCAAGGAUGGGGUGGGAGUGUGGCUGGUGUGUGUGUUGUGUCAACCCCCACUCACCCACGCACUCACACCCAGCAUUCUGCUCCCCAUGCAAGCUAAGAUAGAAUCCACCCCAUUAUAGAGAAAAGAAAGGGGGGAAAUCAACCAGAGAGGGUCUGUAACCUCGGAGAGCAUAGUCAGAUUGCUCCCUCCUUGCUGCAUUUCCCCCCUUAGAAUAAUAGACAGUCUUGAAAAUUUGUCUUGUAUUUGUGUGUUUGUCAUAGCACCCAGCAUCUCGACCCAGCCCUCCCUGUGUCUUCCCUUCCAGUGACUCUGAGAAUCUGCUUGAAGGAUUUGUGCUGCUUUCUGCUUUUCUCCCACCCCUCCCAGCACCCUGUCUCUCCCAUUUACUAACAUCUCAGAAAUUCCAUCAAGAACAAAAUAAUUAAAAAUAGAACAUAGCAAAGUAAAGACACCCCCCCUAGUUGUCCUGUCCCUGUCUGGGAGUUGUGUUAUUUAAAGAUAUUCUGUAUGUUGUAUCUUUUGCAUGUAGCUUCCUUAAUGGAGAAAAAAAUCCUAAUAAAUUU